AGAGCCGACUCUCUAUCGAAUGAUACAAAACUAAUCCAAACACACGGUAUCCACUAGACACAAGCACACAUACAUUCACACCUACACCUCAUUCACUUUCAAUCACAGAGUAGCGGUCGUGCAGGAAUAUGCAGAAAUGUCUGACGGAGGUGUCGCCUAGGUGUGCAGGUUAUGAUACUGAAAGUGCCAUCACUGUGAAGUAAUACUGCAAGCAAAUACAUCAAUGCCAGCAACACCAGGAAGGUAAAAGUAGGCGCAAUUAUGUCUAGAAGCAAGAGCUCGGAGUCUGUGAAGGUUGUUGUGCGGUGUCGCCCGAUGAAUGAAAAAGAGCGUGCUGCAAACUUUGAGAGAGUCGUGACUGUAGAUGUAAAGCUAGGUCAGAUUGUAGUGCGUAAUCCAAGAAGUGGGUCCACUCAUGAACACCCCAAAGUUUUUACUUUUGACUCGGUCUAUGACUGGAAUUCAAAGCAGGUUGACCUCUAUGAUGAGACUUUCAGACCACUGGUGGAGUCAGUGUUGUUGGGAUUCAAUGGCACCAUCUUUGCUUAUGGACAAACAGGUACAGGAAAAACAUAUACAAUGGAAGGAGUACGCAGUGACCCAGAAAAAAGAGGAGUCAUUCCCAACUCCUUUGAGCACAUUUUUACACAUAUCUCCCGAUCACAGAACCAGCAAUAUCUGGUCAGGGCAUCAUACCUGGAGAUUUACCAAGAGGAGGUCAGGGACCUGCUAGCCAAGGACCAGUCUCGUCGCCUGGAGCUGAAAGAGAGACCUGACACAGGUGUUUAUGUCAAAGACCUUUCUUCAUUUGUCACUAAAAGUGACCGGGAGAUUGAGCAUGUUAUGAAUGUAGGUAACCAAAACCGUUCAGUUGGCUCAACCAACAUGAAUGAGCAUAGUUCCCGUUCUCAUGCCAUAUUUGUCAUCACUAUUGAGUGUAGUGAGUUGGGUCUAGAUGGGGAGAACCACAUCCGUGUUGGAAAACUCAAUUUGGUUGACCUGGCAGGAAGUGAAAGGCAGGCAAAAACAGGUGCUCAAGGAGAAAGACUAAAGGAGGCCACCAAAAUCAACCUCUCCCUGUCUGCUUUGGGUAAUGUCAUUUCUGCAUUAGUGGAUGGCAAAAGCUCCCACAUUCCGUACAGAGAUUCCAAGCUCACGCGUCUGCUACAGGACUCGCUGGGAGGCAAUGCCCGCACUGUCAUGGUGGCUAACAUUGGACCAGCCUCAUACAAUGUAGAGGAGACUCUAACUACACUACGCUACUCAAACCGUGCCAAAAACAUCAAAAACAAACCCCGCAUCAACGAAGACCCCAAGGACGCCCUUCUAAGGGAGUUUCAGGAGGAAAUCGCUCGUCUGAAGCAGCAGUUGGAGAAACGAUCAGGGAAAAAGAAGAAAAGGCAGAAGAGGAGACUUGGGGAGGGAGGAGAGGAACUGGAUGAUGAUGUGAAAGACGAAGAUGAUGAGGAUGAUGAUGAGGAGGAGGAGGAAGGGGCGGGUGGGGAUAAGAACAUAGAUGAUUAUUGGCGGGAGCAGCAGGAGAACCUAGAAAAGGAGAAGAAAGCCAUUAUGGAGGACCAUAGUCUGGUGGCAGAGGAGAAACAGCGACUGCUGUUGGAGAAGGAGAAGAAGAUGAAUGAUCUCCAUCGGGAAAAGGAGGCAUCUGAGAUGCUUGCAGCCAAAGUCAAGGCUAUGGAAAGCAAGCUGUUGGUUGGAGGGAAAAACAUUGUUGACCACACUAAUGAGCAGCAGAGAAUUCUGGACCAGAAAAGGCAGGAAAUUGCAGAACAGAAAAGGCGUGAACGAGAGAUGCAACAAGAGGUGGAGUGUCGCGAUGAAGAGACCCUUGAGCUGAAGGAGACAUACAGCUCGCUGCAACAGGAAGUUGAUAUAAAGACCAAGAAACUAAAAAAGCUCUUUGCAAAGCUACAAGCUGUGAAGGCAGAGAUCCAUGAUGUCCAGGAGGUACAUAUUAAAGAGAGGCAAGAGUUGGAGCAGACACAGAACGAAUUAACCAGAGAACUCAAACUGAAGCAUUUGAUCAUCGAGAAUUUCAUUCCGUUGGAGGAGAAGAAUAAGAUUAUUUCGAGAGCGACCUUUGAUGAGGAGGAUGACAUCUGGAAAAUGAAACCCAUUACCCGUGUUCAAGAUGACCAGCAGAUGAUGAGAAGACCAGUGUCUGCAGUCGGGUACAGGAGGCCGCUGAGUCAACAUGCAUGCAUGGCCAUGGUGAUGCGCCCUGAACCCAGAUAUAGGGCUGAGAAUAUCCUGAUGCUGGAACUUGACUUGCCUACACGCACCACUAAAGAGUAUGAGGAACCCAUGAUUGCACCAAAGGUGGCAGCUGCAUUAGAAGAUGCAUUGAGGGAAGAGGAUGACAUUCAAGUAGAUGCUUCGACCUUGGGCCAAGCUGGAUUCAUCAAGAAACCAAAAACAAGCCGUCCCAAAACAGGAAAGAAAGUGAACACCUCCAUGUCAGCUCACAGCCUCUCCAGCUCAGGACCCCCACUCUACCCCCAGUCUCGUGGCCUUGUGCCCAAGUAACACCUCUAAAUACUCAUUCUUUAUCCAGAUCCGUCUAGACAGACUAGAAUGUGUGUUAUGCCCAUGGUCUGAAAUGAUAUGCUGAAGGUUGUUGUUAAUAAAAUCUCCAGGUUAUAAAAUGUACCCCUAAAUGUAUUAUUGGGUAAGCAGACCAAGAUUUCCUCUCCUCACUCUUCUUUUUUGUUUUCCUGUCCCACCCCUGGGAAACAUUUUUAGUACUACUUUAAUGCUCUGGUUCUGCUGCUGACUGGUUUUAAACAUGUGCAAUUAUAAAUGGGAUUAAAUAAUAUAAUAUAAAAAGGCCCAUGAGCUUUCCUGAACAGGAUAAGUGAGCUGACUUUGACAUUUAUAUUCAGAGGCAUGUUGCUCUCUUAUUCAGAACAUAAAAAUUGCUUUUAGUAUCUAGUCUUGCUGAUAACCGAUGCAUCCUCUUACUGUACCUAUAGUGCAGUGACAGUAAUUUGGACCACAGUUGGCAAGGAAUCAAUUGCAUGUACAUGUUAGGUUCUAUCUAGCUAAGUAUGUAAUUUUUUUUAUUAUUAUUGUAGAUUUAACAAAUUGAAUGGUUCACUUGAGGAUUACACUGGGUGUGCGGAGGCGUUUUUUCAGUUUGCCUCCAAAUAUGCACCGUAGUGUUAUUUGCUGAGUGAGAGAGCACACUACAUUCCAGAUCCAGUUUCCAGCAUCCAUCCUUCCUUUCCUUUUAGCACUAGGAACCAUAGCUGUGAGGAGAGGAGGGGUCAGAGAGUAGGUCUGGAUUGGACUGACAUUAAUUAGAGUUGUAAUGCUGUUCUGUUCGAGUCACCCAGGUUGGAAGGACUGGAGUGGGGAAGUUACCAGGUCAACACAUACUGAAUAAUCAGGGUUCCAAGGUGCCUUACCUUCCCUUUUUAUACAGAAAAAGAAGACAUUUAGUCAACCAUUUGGUCAGACUGUCCCUUGGAAUAAACAGAAAGCUUUAAAUUCAAUUUAAAUUUAAGCACCCAUGCAGUGACCAAGGAGUGUAUGUUUGCACUAUCACAGUUGUUUUGGAAUAUCACUGUGCUUUUCCUUUCAAAGCAUCUGGAGAUGGUCAGUUCCUGUUACUUCACCCUUUAAAAAACACUGUUGUUAAAACAUUUGAAACAAAGAACACAUUUUUCUGCUUUUGCAGGCAGCAUCCACAUAGCACUCUGAUAAAUAUGUGAUUUUGGGAGAAUCUUUAAACAUGACUUUUGUUUCAGUAACACUAAAAAACUGUAAUAUGCUCCUUUUCCCCAACCUCUGCCCUACCACUAAGGGUGACACAAUUGCUUGCUGCUACUGUAGGGUUUCAUUAAACCCGUGUACGGAGUUUGUGUAUGUAGAAAUGUCAGUACAUAAUUCUCUUCUGUACUGUUACAAUAAAGUGAUUAAUAGUCAUAUAGCAACAUUUACAAUACUAACUUAUCGUACUGUUACCUUUUGUGUUCAUGAGCAUAGAAUGUAUUUUUUUUCCAUUUGUAUUAUUUAAUGUUGUGUACAAAUAUAUUUUUGCAUUAAUGAUUUUUAAGAGACUAUUUCAUGUUAACUUGUUCCUGUGACUUCUUCAGAAUUAAGUUCAAAUCUUAACGUGUGACAGUGUUUAGUUUCUCAAAGCUGUGUUGUGUUGUUACCUUGAUUUAAAAAAAUCAACACGUCAGGCAUUUUGUUUAAAUCAUGUAGAAAAUAAAUGUUUUUUUUUUGGUUUUUUUUUUUUUUUUAAAAAGCACAUGCACACCCUCUAUGUAAUGGUUGUUGAAUUCAGUCAUAUAAACCAAUACUUAAACCAGAACCCAGCUUUGACUUUAUAUUUCAUUCCUGACCAUAAAACCAUUUCCCAAAAAUUAUAUACAAUGAUUUUAUAUA